UGACACAUGGCCGCUGCUUUGCUUGACUCGUGAUGCAACGGAGUCAGCACCAGCACGAUGCUUGGUUGGUGCGGACGGUGGCGCCCCCCCACGCGUCGAGCGCCGCUGCCACGGCCGACCAAUCCGGCGGGGCCCCCCGCCGACCCGACCCGCCCAGCUUGGCAAGGCAGAGUGGCAGAGUGCGCGCGCGCGAGUGAGUGGCCUACUGCUCCAGCACUAGCUGCUAAGCUACUGCUAAGGCCGGGCCGGCCUGAGUGUGCUCACCACUGUUGCAGUGGUGCUAGCAGCAGUACAAAGGGGACUCCCCUUGCGCUCGACGCGAAUGGCAGCUCACCCUUCCCACCUCUCUUCCUCCGAGUCGCCUUCUCCCGUGACAUGGAGCCCUCCGCGUCCCCGGCCGCCCGCGCGCUCUCCUCCGCCACGCGGGUUGGCCUGCCGCUGGCGCUCGCGCUGCGGCAGCGGCCGGAGGCGCGUGUGCUACGCGCGCCCGGCGCCCAGUUCCGCCCGGCAACCUCGUUCUCGUGGCCGCGCCCCUUGCGGCCGGAUCUCGCCAAGGUGGCCUCUCGUCCCGGCGUCCGGGGCACGGGCAGGUCGCUGCUGUUCCGACCUUGCGCAUGGAUGACUGCGUCUCAGAUUGCCAGCUCCGCCUUCACGUGGGGCACCGUCGCCGUCCUCCCCUUCUACACCCUCAUGGUGGUCGCCCCCAACGCCAACCUCACCAAACGGACCGUGGAGAGCAGUGCCCCCUAUGUUGCCCUCGGUCUCCUCUACGCUUACCUGCUCUACCUGUCCUGGACUCCCGACACCAUGCGCGCCAUGUUCGCCAGCAAGUACUGGCUCCCUGAGUUGCCAGGCAUCGUCAGGAUGUUCGCGAGCGAGAUGACCGUCGCCUCUGCUUGGAUCCACCUCCUCGCCGUCGACCUCUUCGCGGCAAGGCAGGUGUAUCAUGACGGCAUCAAAAAUAACAUCGAAACCAGGCACUCGGUCACGCUGUGCCUGCUCUUCUGCCCGAUUGGGAUCCUGACUCAUGUGGUGACUAAGGUUUGAAAGGAGGAUACGUCUCUUUGACUUGCCACACGAAGAUUACCUCAAGUAACUGAAUUAUUUGCUAAAGAAAGUGAUUCAGAGAGUGCGUGAGGUAUGCUCUUUCUUCAUUGCCAAUCGGAUCUUCCAGGUCAUUGCACAUCACAUGUAACAUAUCCAACUCUAACCAGAUAUUAGGCGGGCACAUGUUGUUGCCGGGGACGUGCUCGAAGGUGAUCACAUUCCUGGUCCCGUUAGAACGUGGACCAAAGAUAACGGAGUACAACAUCUUGUUCUGAGCCGGGACAAACGACAUACCCGUCUCACUUGCCCACGAGCAAUUACUAGUUCAUCUCCUUUUUUUUCUUUAUUUAUCAUCGACCGGUUUAUGCAUAUAAUUGGCUGUA